UGGGAGGACUGAAUAUUACGCUUUUUAGGAUGGAAAAUAUAUACAAACCGAGAAUAGAUAGAAUAAUCCAUGUGCAGAAUGCUCUGUCGGAGUUUCGGAACGAGCUACUUCAAAACCGCACUUCAAGAAUUGUUCAAUCCGACAACGACAUAAAGGAAGCCAUGGGUUUUACUGGUAGCAGCAACACCUUCGAAAAACUGCUGGAAUCCGUGGACGUUGGUGAGCAUCUCUCCAGUCCCAAAGACAUAGCCGUGUUCACUUUCAAUCCCGGGAAAAUUCAGAACCCCGCGAGCGUGGUUGGCAAGAAAAUACCGACUAAAGCCAUGAAAUUCAAAUGUGUACAAUACGCAUCUGAAUCACGCCUAGGUUCAUUCAAACGCGCAGUAGAGGCAAAGUUACGCUACAGCAAACACAAGUACAUGGAUUUAUCCCUGGAAGCCUUGCCCGUCAAAGAUUUGGUUCCUUACCAGGAAAUGCUGUUGGUGAUUCGAAUUUAUGAGCCGUUCAAGCACAAAACAGGCCAGCGACUACGACAUCCAAGGUUUAGCCAUGAGUUUCACGUACUUAGCUCACAAUUUCUUACGGAGCUGAAGGACAAAAUCUACUGCAACUGUGAUGCAGGUCCAUUUUACGAAAUAAGCGAAAACCGCUCACUUUGGAACGAAAGGAACAACAGUAACGACACACCGAAGUCGGGGUUCUUUUUCAUACACGAUACGUUCUACAAUGACCUGCGGCAAGAGUCGCAUCACGAUUACUCGGCGGUUGUGAGAAAAUGGGCCGAAAAACAGAGUAUGAUCGGCGAAUUGCGCUCAGAGAGGAUGGAAAAUACACGUUUUGCAGAUUUGCAGUUUCGCAUUGGUUAUCCACAGCUCUAUCAACACCAAGGUAAUUGCGAACACUUAUUCGUGAUUUCCGAUUGCCGCUUGUUAGCGGCUACCGAUGUGCUCUCGAGGGCCCGUUAUCCUUUACUUGUUUCGUAUGCUCUUCCGCGGCAUAUACCAUGCAACAUAUGUGGACUUUGCGAGGUGCGAUAUGUGGUGCGUAGCAGCGUUCGAGAAAUUUUCGAUCCGGCAUAUGUUUGUCAGUCGUGCCUGGAGCUCUACCACUAUAAGGACGGUCAGAAGAUUGAGGACUUCGAGCUGCAUCGUUACAUUAGUUCAAGGAUUAACGUCUCGGAAAGUUAAUCAGACGGCUAUACAGGCCAACAAUAAAGUUUUGCAGA